GAUCAGUGUGUGUGUGUGUGUGUGUGUGUGUGUGUGUGUGUGCUUUGGUAUGUGAGUGAGGAAGACACACUCACACACACACACACUGUAAUCCAGGCAUGUCAGUUCCUGUCUUUGCGGAGGUUGUAUUCGUCGCUGUAAUCUCUGGAAAAAUGAUCCUGCUCGUUAUUUCCCGCCGCCUGCCAGUCGAGUGUGUGGGCAGAGCGACCUGAAGGUCCGUCGCUACAGCAACAGGCUGAACAGACUGAAGCUCGAGCAGAAAGAAGAAGAGACGAACGCAGAGGAAAACAUGAGGAGAUCUGACAGGAGAAACCAGGAGGAGAUCUGAAGAGAUCGAAUCAGCAGAAGAAGAAGGAGGAAAUAAAAACAGGAAGCAGACCGUCAGCAGGUCCUCGUCGUCCUCGAGGCCGGCGACAUGUCUUCAGUCAGAGCUGCAGCCGUCCCGCUGCUGAGCUGCUGCGUCCUCGUCGUCCUCGUCGUCCCGUCCUGCAGAGGUCAAGGAAGUGACUGCAGCUGCAACGUCACCAACAGCCGCUGUGACGAGUCCGGAGUCUGCAGGUGUGACCCCGGUUGGGACGGCGAGCGUUGCGAGCGCUGCGUGCCGAUGCCCGGCUGUCGCCACGGCUCCUGCCAGCAGCCGUGGCAGUGCAGCUGUGAGCCGGGCUGGGGGGGGCGCUUCUGCGACAAAGACCUGUCGGUGUGCUCGGAGCAGCAGCCCUGUCGGAACGGAGCUACCUGUGUGAUGGAGGACAGCGGUGAACACACCUGUCUGUGUCCUGAAGGUUUCCACGGCAGAAACUGUCAGCUGAAGGCCGGACCCUGCCACCAGCGGAGGUCUCCGUGUAAAAAUGGCGGCCUGUGUGAGGACGCUGACGGCUUCGCGGCAGAGUUGACGUGUCGCUGCCUGGCCGGCUUCACGGGGCCGCGCUGUGAGGCCGACGUGGACGACUGCCUGAUGAGGCCGUGUGCCAACGGCGCCACCUGCCUGGACGGCGUCAACCGCUUCUCGUGCCUCUGCCCCGCCGGCUUCACGGGACGCUUCUGCACCGUCAACCUGGACGACUGCGCCAGCCGGCCCUGCCUCAACGGCGGCCGCUGCCUGGACCGUGCCGGAGGCUUCCACUGCGUCUGCCGGCCCGGCUACACCGGAGCCACCUGCGAGACGGCGCUGAGGAGCCGGGACGACCGCGAGCCCGGCUGGACGACGCUGGGAUGGGAGGGAGGAGGAGGCGGGGUCAGACCUCACCUGACCACCGGGGGGAAGAACCAGAGGAGCAGCACCACCGGCAGCGGUAACAGCAGUCGUCAUGACGAUAGGCUGUUUAAGGUGACGGUGAGCGAGCGCGGCGGCGCCGGCCUGUCGGAGGUCCAGCUCAUCAUCCUGCUGGUGCUGGCGGGGAUGACGCUGGGCGUGGUGGUGCUGACCGCCGCCCUCGUGCUGCACGGUCACUGCAGGGACUGUGGCCACGCCCCCUGCUGGCCGCUGACAUCAUCAUCAUCAUCAUCAUCAUCAUCAUCACAGCAGCGAGGGCAGAAGAGCGGCCGGCGAGUGCAGCAGGACGAGCAGGAGUGUCAGAUCAGCUUCCUGAACGUAGCAGAACCAGAGAAGAAGAAACUGAACACUGAGGUCAUGUAGACUGAGUGGGCGUCCGAGCACAGGAACAGAGAGAGAGAGAGGUGCUCUCUCCGCCAGCACUGCAGGGCAGGAGGUCAGAGGUCAGAGGUCAGACAGCUUCACCUGCCUCAUGUUCAGGUCGGACCUGGGAUCCAGUUCAACAGGACGUGGUCUGAUUCUCCCAGCGUACACCUGGUGUUAAUAUGCAAAUUAACCGUGACAUCAUAACUUGUAUACUUGUCGUCCACAGAUUCAUCACGUCAGACUCAUGACGGACACUUUAAAACAAAACGGAUGUAGAUCGAUGCAGCAGAGACAUCGUCUGCUUUAUUCCACGCGUUCUUCUUCCUCGUCUAAACCUGACGCCUACAUCACCCACAAUGCACCUCUCCCUCUGACAGCUGGGUGGGAGGUCGUGGUGUGUUAUGCUAGCGGCGGCUAACGCAGCCCGCAGCAGAGGCGGUCUGCUGAGCUCGCUUCUGUCCGACUCCGCAGGUUCAAACUCGUCUUCAGCCCCGGCCGACGCCGACUCGAGUGACAUCACUCGAGGACGUUUAUCAGACCUCACGCAGCUGAAGGCCUCAUAUGACUUUAAAACAUAUAGAACCACCUGGAGACACCUGGAGACACCUGGAGACACCUGGAGACACCUGGAGACUGAGGUGGGAAAUCACUGCAGUUCAACUUUAAAGCGACAGUAACAAACGUGGUGACGCUGAUUCAGGUCUGGUGUUUUGUUUAAAUGUCGCACAGAUCAGUUUUGUAUCGUAAACACACGACGGCGUGUACAGAACAUUUUGCACACCUUUUCAUUGAAAUUAGUUUUAAUAACUUUAUGCAAUAUUGUUUUUAAAGCUAUAAAGACGGUUCGUUUGUUCUCUGCUGCCAUAAAUGUGGUUUUUCACUUCAGUUUGUGUUCAGAUGAAACAAACCGGAUAGAACAUGUAAAUCAGGCUAGCUGUUUCCCCCCGUUUCCAGUCUUUAUGCUAAGCUAAGCUAACCGCCUGCAGGCUGUAGCUUCAUAUUUAGCGUACUGACAUCAAUCUGAACGUCUGACUCUCAGGGAGGAAGAGAAGAAGAAGAUUUCACAAAAUGUUGAACUGCUCCUUUACACGAAGACUUCAAACGUCACGUAGAUGUGUGAAUUCAUCACAAAGCUGUGCAGUUCUUGACUGAUUUGUAAUGAAUUCUGGGUAAAUUUAGACUUUUUUUCAAACACGGCUGUGUGAAACCGCCCCGCUCUGUUCGCUGCACCCAAAUGUUUGUCUUCUGGAAGAAUCCGACAGCUAAAAGAACAGUGUUAUAAACUGUCCGAAUCCAUUUCGCUGCGAAAUUUCACAGUUUUAAAUCCCGGUGCGACCGGGCGGAUUUCUGCCAGAAGAAGAAAAGUGAUAAAACGGUUAGGAAUGGUAAAAGUAAGUAAUGCUCGUGGCCCCCCCCCCCGGCCUACGCCCCUGGAUAGUAAAAUUACGACACACUUGCUAUCUCACAGUUUCGACUCACUGCAUCAUAACUGUGACGUUCUUUCCUGUAUGUAAAGCCAAUCCUCACCACACAGUAACUCAAACCUGAGACAUUAUUCCAAACAGUUUAUAUGUUUUCUAUUUUGUUUUGGGGCAUAACUGUUUCCACAGUAUACAGUUGAAAUGUGUUUGGUUUAUUUUUUCCACUGUGUUGUAUAUGUUGUGUUUUCCUCUGUGUGCUCUUCACUGUUACGUGGUGAUAAAACAGAAACGCUGCGUCUCUCUGCAGCUUUAAAACCUAAUUUAUUGGUGUAAUUUAACAGCAGAGUGUGUGUGUGUGAUGUUCUGGGCUGCGAGUCGGAGGUUUUUAUAUCAAACUGUGUGCAAUAAAGUUGUGAAUGAUGAGCUCUGAAA